UAUUAAUAAUUUCAGAAUAAAAUGUCCUCCGGUCUCCCCGGGGAGACGGUCAACCUCGACCUCUGGCCUCAUUACAAACAGAUCCUGUCUCUUGUAGAGGCCACACUAAUUAGCAAACAGCCUGGACUGAGACUGAAGUUUGAAGAUGUGUUAAAAGCAAAUAAAUCUUUGUUCUCCAACCUCCUGGAUAAUCCCCAACCAUCCUCCUUUGAUGCUGACCUCGUCAAGAAAGCAACCUCCGAGGGCAUCCUUCUGCCAGGCGGGGAAACCCCUACAGUGAUCUCUCAGACAUUGGCCGAUGAAGCCGUGAUAGUGACGAACCUGUUCAACCUAAACCAGGUCUCCUCCCUACAUCUUCUACUACAUGGAGAGGAUCAACUCCCCCAGUAUCCAGGAUUGACCCGUGGUUUGGUGGCUGUGACUCUAUACUUUGAUGGCAGGAAAUCCAUUGUUCAAGCUUUAAGAACCUUAAUGACUAGCAGACCUGGUCUAUCAUGGUCGACUGAUAUCCCUGAUGAUCUAGCUGAUGUAUUAACCAACUUCACCACAGAACUCAUUAAUUCAGGAUUGACGGAUACGAUCCUGUCCCUGUUAAAUAGUCUAGACUGGACACAGGAGCUAGCAGAUUUACAGAAGAACGCGGCAUUAGGAGAUGCGCAGCAUGUCAGCACACUCAGGUACAUGUCAGUNAAACAUUUUCAAUCAAAUCAUGCAGAUGUACGGCAGAAUCUAGCAGAUUGUCUAUAUUGUUACGCGGCACAGUCUGGACUACCAACAAAUGCUACGGUCAAAUUGCUUGAUCAUCUAUCCCUGGUUGGACCUGGAGCUGGGAACGGUGGAUUUGACGAGGUCUCAGUUGCUCUGGUUAUGGCAGCACUUCAGGCCCUGGAUGGUAGUGGAGCAGGGAGGGAGGAUAUUGAUCUACCAAUUAUAUCAGAUUCUAACUUUAUCCCAUCUAUCUCCCGGCAGUUAGAUGGGAAGGGAAGGAAAUGGGAAUGCCAGGGGUUGCAAGCUCUGCUGCAGUUCUGCUGGGCAAUGACAUUAUCAGGGUUGAGGGUUGGAGGAGUACUUACUCCGGAUACCUGCUCAACCCUGGAGGAGGAUGAAACCUUUAUGGACCUAGCUCUAGAUGGGAAGGUUUUUCAUUUCCUUCCGGAGCUAUUGUUCAGUUCUCCGGGGUUCGGGAAAGAAGAGUUCUACCAGAGACGUCUUCAUGCUCUCCUAACAGACUUUCUAACUCUCAUGCCACUCAAGAUAAAGGAGCUGAGGAAUAGAGCAGAUGAUUCAGCAAGAAACAAGAUGAUGCACGAACAGGAGGGAAUACAGUACACUGUACCACUGAGUGGACAACACUUUCAGCAACUACUCCUUAGUCUAGCUCAUCUAUAUGCUGGGGAUUCAUUAGACCUUGGACUAGCAGAGGCAUACUGGUGUGCAGCGGACUCAGGCGGAGGCCUGGAUACUAAGCACUGCCCUGCUAAGCAGAUAGCUUUGUAUAAGUUUGUCCGUCUAGCGGGAGACCUUCUCAUGCCCAGCCUAUUUGUUCCUUAUAUAACCAUGCUGGCAGGAUUAGCAGACUCACCAGGAUCAGCUCCGUACUGCUUCAACCUACUGAAGAUGAACUGUACCGGAUCUAACAGCAUUUCAUUAGAUCAUUUCUUCAGCUCCCUUCAGCAGUACUUUAGUAAUCUUAGACAGGAACAGCCAAUGGGACCGGACCAUACUAUCUAUAGAACUAAACCCAUGACGAGGGGUAUCUCACCCCAGGAGAUAGAAGGGUUGAACGCAGUCCUGGAGCUACUCACAACCCUAGCCAGGAGAUGUGAAGCAGCAAGGUUGUGUAUGGUUGAACAUCCGUCCUGGGCAGUUCUCUCAACUCUUAUUGGUUUAUUAUCUUGCUCUGUUCCUACUCAUAUCAAAGCAAAAUUGGUUCUAUUGCUGGCGGCACUGGCAAAAUCUGCUGAUAAUGUUCACACUAUCUGGCAGCAUAUUGAGACACAGCAGUUGAUAGGAGGACAAGGAGGGAAGCCUGGACUCACGGAGGAACUGGAGGAAAUAGAAACUAGGUUUGAAGAGUUUCCGCUGACAAGGGCGUUUAUUGAGCUGCUAGAUCGACUGACUGACGUUGAAAUCCCCGGAAACUUAGGAGCAGGUACACGACAGCCUGGUCUAAUACCGUACAUGAACUUUGUACAGGAGUCUGUACUGUUGAAGUUUAGUACAAGAACGUACAAGGAUCCUGCGGAAAAGUGGGAAGUUGCAUCCUUGUGUCUCACCCUGCUGAAUAAAUUGCUGGAGGAGUACGAACCCAACCAGACGGAUUUCCAGGGACCAAAUUCUACAGUAGGUCUGCAUCCAGGCUUUUACAUCCUUGUAUAUCUCCACCAAUCGACCCUAUUGCUAAGAACAGUUCUGUUCGUCCUGGACGAGUGUAAAUCCUUACUGGAUUCAUUUUCUCCGUUCCAAGGAAAAAAGAAUGUUGAAUCUGCAGCAAACUCCGCGCUCAAACUUCUGAACAGCGCGCUUAAACUGAGCGAGGAUUUUAUCACGGCCGGACGGAAUGCCGGAGCUUCGGUUGUCAUGACAUCUUUGUCUAAGCUGAUGCUCGGGAUUAAUCCACGCUCCGGGAGAGCGGAUCAUAUGCUGAAUGUAUCCAGGUAUGUUCUCUAUGGAUACUGGAUGCCGGCAGCUAGGAUUGAUGCUAUUAGAAUCCUGAGCUACGUUGCCAGCUCACCCUCAAACCAACUUGAUCUUCUUGCCACCUUUACCGCCACCCCGGAGAUAGCCAACUCUGUCCUCAAGGCUUUCACCGAGGCUCUUGACUCUGACGAUGAAGAUGAGAAUAGUUCCCCUCCUGGAACAUCAAGCAGGGAAAACUCUUCAUGUAGACUAGCCAUCGUGGAGCUUCUACAGAAAGGAUUACACAUGGGUGCACCAACUCUAGCCCAUUUCCUGCUAGGAUUUGAUGUGAGGAGAGGAGUGGCUAAAACUCAACUCCAAAGUCCCAGUGUUGCUGGGAUUAGAACUCCUCUGCAUGCUGUGUUAGGACUGCUUACUCCGGAGGAUCCUGGAGUUCCUGCUGCUGUUGUAUCAUCCUCACCAGUACUUGCAACAUCCCUCUACAAACUUACCUAUACUCUCGUCUCUAACCCGGAAACAUCGGAUCCUACCCUUAGAUUUCUCAGGUCAUCCUGUGACUUUCUACCCAGCCAGCUGGCCUGUGUUACAAACAUCCUGGAGAAGGAAGGGAUUCAAAGUUUGAGAAGUGUAGCCUGGCUUCUUAGAUCUACAGCGGUUGAGCUCCGGGUACUAAUGAAAACACGGCAGAGUGGUCAGCUCAGUAAGAUCCUGAGUUUGUUGCUCGACGCGAAUGAUAAUUAUGAGGAUAAUGUUGGGACGGAUGCGUCAAGGUUGUACAAUGAUGCAACAUUUACUCAAUUGUCGAGAACCAUGGUUCAGUCCCAGUCCAAGCAGAUGAAUUCUCCUCUCUCCAACCACAGACUGGCAACCAUCCUACAUUUCAUCAACUUUGAGGUGGAGCGAACCUCUGCUCCGAACUGGGAACUGUUUGAUGACGGACAGGUUUCAGCCCUGUUGGAGCAGUGCCAGGUUCAGAACCCGGAGAGUUCUGUUCAUGAGAAACUCGUCCUGGUUCCAAAACUUCACAAGUUCCUGGCUCAGGAGCUGGUUCAUCUUCAGGGAUCUACAGCUAUGAAUCAGAGAGCAAUGAUCCAAUCCGAGAUCCAAUCUAUCCUAGUUUAUGCUGUGAGAUGGAACUCUGUUCAGGAAGGGGCUGCUGCUAGGAGAGAACUCCUUGACUCCUGGAGACAGGUGACUGAAGUUCUCCUGUUGGCAGCUCCUACUGAACACCUGCCCCCUGUCAGCAAACAGCAAAUCCUUCUCCAACUCCUCCAAACCCUGUUGAACAAGGUUUCCGUUGACGAAGCUGUUCCUGGAUUAGCCGUCCUGGUUUCAAGCGCUGUUCUUCUUCUUCUCACCUCUCUCCGGGAGACCUAUGAUGCUUCUCCGGACAAGAAAACAGUUCUCGGAGAAACCUUCGUAGGAAUCCUUGACACAAGUAUCAUUGAGAACAGUUCUAGUGAGGUAUUCUCUGCAUCCCUCCAGGUUAUCUUGAAAGGACUGGUAUCCUGGAUAACAACGGCAGGAAGUGGAAGUCAGAUGAUAAGGACAAAUCUGUACGCGGCUCUUGUCGCCUUUCUUAGAAUCGGAAAAUCUUCCAAAACUGAAAGCGUCAGAUCUCUUGAGAUAUCAGAGAGAGGAAAACUGCUCCGAGUUAACAUGGAAGUAAUUCAAAGUUUUGGGACUGGGUUCUUGGAGAUCGUAUCACGUGAUGCAGUCUCUGGCCACGAGGUCAGGCGAAUGCUGGCAUUUGCAGUACUUGAUGAGCUCAUCUUCAUGGAUAGGAAGGGAUAUUGUACGAGGUUCCUCUCAGAACAUGGAUUCAUCAAACAUAUCGCGGAGUCUCUGAUUAAAGAUGAAGCUGGUUUGAUAAAUUUACUUACUCAACCUACUGGGAAUAUCAGGGAUUUGUACGUGUAUGAAUCCAAGGUCGGAUUGCUGUCAAGAAUUGCUACAAGUCAUCUUGGAGCUGAGCUUUUGCUCCAAGCUGGUGUGUUGAACAGGCUGGCGGAGUUUUCCGUCCUAGAUCUUCGUCCUGAUCCGGAUGCAAUCCUGCUCCGGAAUGAGGAGGAUAUGAUCAAUGGGAUACUAGCAAGAUAUCACAGUAUCCUGUUCCCAAUCCUCCGCCUAAUUCAGUCCAUUCUCUCCACACUAGGCGGAGGUAACAAAUCCGCGGCGGAAUCUACUGUCCGUUUUAUUGCAGGACACGAUGAUAUAUUCUCUCAGAUCCUGCGUGGUUCCACCGCAAGAUCAAGUUUAAACUCCGCCCUGCUCCAGGAGCUAGCUCUGGUCACAGCUGUCGUGUCCCGAGCUGCUACAAUUGAUCUCAGAGCUGAGAUAAACGACCCGUCCGGGUUCGAAUUGACAGGACUUAUGUCUCGGGUUCAGAGACAGAUGCUAGCCUUGCUGUCACAGUUCCAGAUGACAGAUGAUCUGCUGGUGAGCUUAGAAGGGUUAGGAGAGGAGUGGAGUAAAAGCUUACUCCUGGUUCUCAAAAUAGUUUCCAAUGUGACAAGUUACGCAAGAACUGUGGUUUCUUCUAGUGGAGCUAACUCAAGAACUUGCCGUCUAGUUUUGUCUUCAAGUUUGCUAGAAACUACUGAAGGAGUAUCCGCCAGCAGUUUAUCCAGCCGUCCUGCUUCCCUUGGUUUACUUGUACUUUCACUCAAGUAUCUAGCUAAUCAUCUAUCUAGAGCUCAGGUUUCCUUGAAUGAGAUGAAGGAAAAGGAGAAAUCUCUGAACUCCGUCCCAACCUCGGAGCUGGUCAUCCUCGCAGGAAUAAAUCCCGCGGAAAAACUUCCAGGACUGACUAUCCGGCGACUAGCUGCCGCUAAGCUGGAAGCUUCUAUCUCGGAUAAACAGCUUGAAGUCCAGCUGUCCGCUGAGACGGUUGAAUCUCUGGGAUUUCUGCUCUGGAGACAUCUUGAACACUAUCUUCUGUUCAGUAAUGCCGCGCUAUCUUCUAGCCCAGCUACUCCAUAUCAGGCAACUGUCAGACGGCUGAAUGAGACAAAGGAGCAGCUAGGAGGUGUUGUUUCUUCGCCUAGAUCUAACUUCCCUCAGGUUGAUCUUGAGAAGCUGAAAGGAGAUGUUAAAGUCAUUAUAAAUGAUACAUUCUUUGAUAAGUUGUGUGAAAUCGUUGAUAUUGUUGAAACAAGAACAAGCGGCGGAACCUCUUCAGCAGGAUUCCUUCAGGCGAUCAUUAGAAGAACCAAGAGGCUUGUGCUCAUGCACACGUAAAUCCGCCAUUUUGUAUCUCGAGCAUUUUUUGUAAUUUCCCGCCAUAAUCCAUGAGAAAUAUUUGGCGGCAAUAGUAAACAAAGUUACUAAAACCUUAUGUCACCUAUUUAUUUUUAAAAACUAUUUUGUAUUUUUGUUUACAUUUCAAGAUGCGAUGGUUAAUAUAAAAUGUAAACUGUCUCUGAUUUGUUUAAAAUACCGAUUGUUGUAUUUUUGUAAACCGACCAGGUUCAGGUGAUAAAAGAUAAAUGUUCCAGA